CUAGAGCCCACAAUAUGAAAAUCUUUUGGGCUGUCGAUGGCCUCCUUCAUCGUUCUCCAACAAGGAAAAUUAGUCGGCGGCGAGUUCUACAUGUCAGGUCAAGUAAAUCCCACGGUUCGCCCCCAAGUUAAGAGUGAUUGUACAACCUGUAUCCUCAAUAUGAACUUUGAACCGAGAAAACGGUAUCUGUGCAAACUGCAAUUGUUGAUGGCCAAUAACCUCCUCUGCCGGCAUACAUGGAAGCCUAGUCAUCAACAUCCAACUACCAGACAACUAGGUUUAGCGAUCGUGAUGGUUAGUCCGUCGUGUGCUCCGCCGCCGAACGCCCUCUUGCUCAUGGGCUGCCAUUCCGCUUCGGAGAAGAACUACCUGGACGAGAGACAAGAGAAAGAACACAAGGAGUGGUCAAUAAUGGCUGGCAUUAUCGGGUGACUAAUUGGAUUCAAGAAAUUAAAUCAGGGGCAAAAGAAGUAGAAGAGUUAAAAAUGGUCCUAUAUGGUCCUAUACGGGUCAAUAAGUAGUUUUUCAGUCCUAUUGAAGACCAUUUCUCCUUUAUAAACACCCAAUUGAAUCCUCGUACUUUUAAAAAACGCUCAAUUGGACUACUUAGCAGGUAAGUUACAGGUUCCCCAGUUACUUGCACGCGUGGCAGCCUUGUGGAAGCCCACAUGGCAAGUUUUUUUUCUCCUUUUUCUCUUUGUUUUUCUUUUCAUUCGUGGCAGCCUUGUAGCCCUGUUCCCCUUCACUUUCAUGAUCGGCAAAGAGUGGCCUGAGUGGGUCCAUCUUCGGAUCUUCCCCAGGUUUGUUCAUGUUUCAGAUUUCUAUUCAACACUGGGAAGCAUAUGCUCUGGCAGCCGUUCAGCCGUUUUGGCACCAAACCAACCAGCACUGGCACUAAUGUGGAAUCAUUGAGUAAUUAAUAGAGAUAUCAAAAUUAAAUAAAGCAGCACUUACACAAUGUAAAUCCAAGAACCCAUGAAAGCCAUAGCUACCAGGGGCACUGUUUUUAUUCAGCACAAAGUGGCCUAACAGUUUGGGAAAUUGUGGUGACCAAUUCCAGAUAUCUAACCCUCAAGUGGCUGGAAGGAGGAAGUGAGAAAUGUUUGAAAGGGGACCCCACUCUAAGUCAAGUGAAAGCAUCCUGGAAGACUAUAGUCAAAGCCUUAAAGAACCAAGGGGAAGGGUAUUACUUAUUGUGUGAGAGUUAUAAAAGGGAUGACAAUAUUGAAUAUUCAAAUAGACAGUAGGAUCAAGAUCAUUCUACUAUCAUUAGAAGAAAGGAGCUCUUUGAAAAAGGUAAUAGCAACAUUACUGAAUCACAAUUUCAUGUGAUUCAGUAAAAACAUUGUCAAUCCAAGAACCAUCAUCAAGCUUGAUUUUGUUGAUGUUGAGUUUAUGGUGUCUGGCUUUUGGUUCUCGAGGCACAGAAAGUCCUCCAGGAGACUAAAACGUAUCCAUUGCAUUGAUCGAAGGGAACCACCCAGCAGAAUGACAGAAACAUUUCAACCACAAAGCACCCCUCAAGAACCAAUAUUUCUGCAAACUCAUCGCCUUUCAGAGCACUUAUAUCCUCCGAAUACGAUUCUCUAGCCACUUCUGCCAAUCCUUCGACAGCUUUUAUGUAAUCAUUACAAAAAUUUAUUUAAUACCUACAAACUAUAACAAAAAGUUAUUGAUAUCAUUUUACUUCCAAAUAUAAGUGAAACAU